GCAGUUGCGGCGGCAGCGAGCGGUGCCCCCUGCCAUCCGUUGCCGGACCCCGGCAGCCUCGCUGCGGGUCAGAAACAGGACUCGGCGAGAAGGAAGGAAGGAGAGAGGGGAAGCGCCGGCGCUCCUGCCUGACGCCGCGCUGCUUCCAGGGAGGACUGCGCGGGCGAUCCGUGAGACGGACGCUGUCCCGGACCGACCCGACAUGGCGAUCGCAAGGCAAGUGCUUUGUCUCUCUGCUUUCCUGUCCCUGCCGCACGCUCGCUCCCAGCCCCUGCGCUACUCCGUAGCCGAGGAGGGGGAGAGCGGCUCGGUGGUAGGCAACGUGGCGGAGGACGCGGGGCUGGCCCCGGCGCAGCUCUCGGCUCGCCGCGCCCGCCUGGCCUCGGAGGACGGCCGGCAGCACUUUCGCUUAGAGCGCGGCACCGGCCGCCUGCUCGUGGCGGAGAGGCUGGACCGGGAGGAGCUGUGCGGGCAGGCCGCUACCUGCACGCUGCCCUUCGAGCUGGUGCUGGCCAACCCCCUGCAGUUCUUGCGGGUCGAGGUGACCGUGGAGGACAUCAAUGACCAUGCGCCCGUUUUCCCGGAGGAACAAGUCACUUUUAAGAUCCCGGAAAGGAACGACCCGGGCUCACGUUUCCCACUGGAGGGAGCUCGUGACCUGGAUAUUGGUAGCAACAGCGUCCAGGCUUACAGCAUAACUCCUGAGAAUGAGUACUUUAGUGUGUCCUUUGGGAGUCGCAUCAAGGGCAAGAAAUAUGUGGAACUGGUCUUGAAAAAGCCGCUAGACAGAGAGGAGCAGUCGGAGAUGGGUUUCAGCCUCAUUGCCGUGGACGGGGGCUCUCCACCCAGGAGUGGAACCACGCAAAUCCGCAUUAUUGUUCUGGAUGUAAAUGACAAUUCUCCCAUCUUUGCGCAGGAUCUGUAUGUUGGGCAGGUUUUAGAAAAUGCACCAGAAGGCUCUGUUGUUCUCAGCGUACUGGCGACUGAUCUGGAUGCAGGACCUAAUGGGGACAUCUCCUAUCAGUUCAGCCAAGCAGUAAGCCAGAGUGACUCAGCAUUUGUCAUUGACCAUGUGAGUGGUGAAAUUAAACUAAGAAAGCCUCUGGACUUCGAGACAGCAGAGAAUCAUGAGCUCAGUGUUCGAGCCACAGAUGGUGGUGGCCUGUCAGCAAUCUGCAAGGUGUUGGUGGAGGUGGUGGAUGUGAAUGACAAUGCUCCAGAGCUGGUGGUCAGUUCCUUCAGCAGCCCCCUCCCUGAAAACGCAUUACCUGGGACAGUGGUCGCCCUCUUUGCUGUCAAGGAUAGAGAUUCUGGAGCCAAUGGGAAGGUGUCCUGUGCCCUUGAGGACCAGCUGUCAUUCUCCCUGCGUCCAGCUUAUAAGAAUUACUAUGAGCUGGUGACUGUGAUCACACUGGACCGGGAGGAGACAGCACAGUACAUCCUGAGUGUCACAGCAGCAGACGUGGGGUCACCUCCUCUCACAACCACCCAGACCUUCACAGUGGACAUCUCUGAUGUGAAUGACAAUGCACCUGUCUUCAACCAGACAUCAUACGUCAUGUAUGUGCAUGAGAACAAUGUCCCCACAGUACUUGUUGGAGCUGUCAGCGCUGCAGAUGCCGAUACAGGGUCGAAUGCCAAGGUGACCUAUUCCCUGUUACCAGCCCACCCCACAGAGCAGCCUCCCUGCUCCUGUAUCUCUGUGAACUCUGAGAACGGGGAUGUAUUUGUGCUGCGGCCUCUGGACUACGAGCAGGUGAAGCAGAUUGAUGUCUUAGUGCGUGCCUCUGAUGCUGGAUCUCCUCCCCUCAGUGCCAACGUCACUGUCCGCCUUGUCAUUGUAGAUGAGAAUGACAAUGCACCACUGGUGCUGUACCCCUCACAGGACAGCAGCCCUCUGUCCAGUGAGCUGGUGUCCAAGUCAGCUGAGGCUGGGUACCUUGUCACCAAGGUGGUGGCUGUCGAUGCUGACUCGGGACAGAACUCAUGGCUCUCAUACCACCUGCUGAGGGCCACUGAUCCUGGGCUGUUUGUUGUGGGUGCCCAAAGUGGGGAGGUACGGCUGAGGAGGCCUGUGACAGAGAGAGACCCUGUGAAACAGAAGCUUGUUGUUCUGGUGCGAGACAAUGGACAACCACCGCUGUCAGCCACAGCAUCACUGAGUGCGCUUCUGCUCAGUGACUUCUCAGAUGUUCGCCUACCACAGAGCAGUCUGGCCACAGAAGAUGAGGGUGACUCCCUAACAAUGUAUUUAAUAAUUUCAUUGGUCUUUGUUUCACUCCUCUUCCUCGCAUCCGUGGCAGCCUUCGCCACUCACAAGGUUUGCAAGAGAAAGGAGCUGAAGGGUGGGCACGUGUUUUACGAUGCCGGUAACCUGCAGAGCAGCCUGGCGGAUGCAGCCACUGCAGGCACCCUGCCCCACCCCUAUUGCUAUGAGAUCAGCCUCACAACAGGGUCAGGUAACAGCGAAUUCAAGUUCCUGAAGCCCAUCCUUCCCAGCCUGCCACCACAGCACUGCACCGUGGGCAGGGGCACAGGUGAUGAACAGGAUUUCCCCUGUGGCCCUGUCACCCUGGAGGAUGUGGCACCAGAUAAGCCAGGGACACUCUCUGAAAAGCAGUUCAAUAGUCUUUCGUUUCAUUAGUAUUGUGUCAGCACAGCCAGAGGCUUCAUGUGUUGUGAUAGGACGAAAUAUGGGCUACAAUGUGUGGUGAUGAUUCCUUCAGAGUUAAUCUGCAUUAUCAGUUGGCAAUGUUGUGUGCAUUUAAAUUUUUAGUCAGAUGAAAGCUGUCUCCUCCUUGCAAAAUUAACCAAAAGGCUUUGUCAGACAGGUCAUCAUAUGUGUCAGCUUUGUUACAGCCAUUUCUGAAAUGCUUUAAGAGUGAGGUGUGUUCUGGAGCCCCCAGCUAAUUUCUUGUCUCACUUGCUGUUAGUCGAGACCAUGGCCCGCUUAUUCUCUGCUGUAACCCAACAGCACAGUCUGGCAGACAAAUCACCUGCUCUCUGAAUUGCACAUACAACUCGUCCUGGUCAGGAAAGCAAGGAUGUUGUGAGUACUGUGUUACAAUGUGGUGCGGGGCUCUUUCUCCACUGGGUUCUGGCUGUCUCUGUUCCUGAGAUAUUUGGGCUCAGUGUGUUUUGUCUUCUGGUCACUAUAUCUGUCUGUACAGCCAUUCUGUGUCUGUCUGUGGUGCCCUAGUGCUGCCUGGUGAAGCAGGGAGUUGCUCACAUCCACCCACUUUGAUCUGUGAACUUCCAGAUCAUUAGUAAGAAAGGUAUCUUGACCCUUUUGAUACAACAGUCUCAUUUUCUCUAGGGGAGAGCGGCAACAUGUAGAAUGGAACCUUACUUUGGCACAUGAGAGAGAGGUGCGUGGGUAGACGUUCUCCUUGGGAGUGCCUUGAAAUUACAGCAGCACAAACAACGUUGGUAAGACUAUAAUUGUACUGAGUUGGGAAAACACUUUGUCUUUGAGUGCAUUGUAUGGAAACUCCACAAGUCACUUAAAAGGAGCUUGUCUGAAGGUAGAAUCGAGAUGAACUGGAAAAGGAGAAUGAGCUGGGCCUUGUCAUUGCUCUUCCCAAAUUCAGAGGCUUCCUGAUGGGAGUAGAAAUCUGUCCUGAGAUGAUUUUCUGGGUUCGUGCAGAGCUUUUGCAUUCUCCUUUCUGCCCUUUCUCUUUCUUUGUGAACCGUCUUUGACCUGUUCCUCUUAAGAAGGACUGUCACCCCAUGUUUAAUAAGGCAUUGUGUGAAUGAAGGCAGUGUGGCAUGGAAUUUUUGGAAACCCUCACACUCUCUUGUGCUGCAGUUAAAAACUGUGGUAUUCUGAAUUGUAAUGCAUUUAUGGCUAAAACUUAAAUAAAAAGAACAAUGUUGGCAUAGACUGUAACUGUACAGUUGUGAAAACACAUUCAUUGUCUUUGAGUGCAUUGUAAGAAAACUACAAAAUUCACUCCAAAUGAGUUUGUCUGAAGAUAGAAUCAAGAUGAACUUGGAAAGGGUUUAUUGAAUUUGGUCCUGUCAUUGUCGUUCCCAAAUUCAGAGGCUUUUUGCUGGAAGUGGAAAGCUGUCUCAAGAUUAUUUUCUGGGUUUGUGUAGAGCUUUUGCAUUCUCCUUUUUGCCCAUUCUUCUGCUUUGUGAACUGUGUUUAAGCAUUAUCUUACCUUUUCCUCUUAAGAAGGACUGUCACCCCAUGUAUAAUAACAGACUGAUUGAAUACAGUGUGGCAUGGAAUAUUGGGAAACCCUCAGACUCUGUUGUGCUGCACUUAUAUACUGUAACAUUGUUAACCAUGAUACAGUUAUGUAUAAAAGUGAAAUAAACACCUCAAUGCCA